AUGGCAGCGCCUAAAAAACAGAAGUCCGCGAUACCAGAAUCCACGUGGAACUUAACACUUUCGAAAGCAUUGCGACCUGGCUCUGAAUGGCCUGAUAAAGACGAAUUAUUAGAUGUGGUUUAUUGGGGAAAACAGAUCCUUUCACUUUUUGUGGGAGUAGUUUUUGGAAUGACUCCGCUAUAUGGAUUUCUUGCGAUUAUUUCUUACGUGUGCAUUUCAUCCGUUGUAGCCCAGCAUUAUGUAACAAAGUUUCAAAAGGUUGACGAAGAUGAAGUAGGCGGCUUUUGGGAACUAGCAAAAGAAGGAUUCGGAGCAGCUUUUGCUACAUUCAUGGUUUCAUGGAUAACUGUCUACACAUCAUUGCACCAUGAAUAG